GUGACAUGUGACAAGGCCAGGGACACAUUGGAAGUUGAUGGGACAUCAAAGAGACCCCUCAGGGUUCACAACCACCAUGGAAAGAAUCCUAGUGACCGCGAGCCAUGCCACUUUCGUGGGGAUGACUCUCCUAUGACAAUGGCUAUAGUAAGCAUAUUGGGGGCAACCUUGGCAAGGUACCUCGUCUACUGUAGAAAUAAGACCCAAGAUUAG